AUGGAAGAAGAGACGGGGUCGACAGGCCCGCCCCAGCAAACUCAACGGACAACACUGUCCCAAGAACAACUAUCGUCGAUCCUGGCAGCGAUUUCGAACGCAAACGGCGCUCCAGCACACGUCAAGACGACCGCAGCUCCGCCUUUCACAUUCAGGCGCAAGGGAUUCCAGUACCAAUACGAUUUCAACUGUAAACUCAUCGAUCUUUUGGAAACAGCGGCUCGAAAAGGAGCAGCAGAAGCGGCAGAAGAAAUCAAGCUAGCGAAGGAACGGCUCGUUGAGCGCAACGACACGUUGAAGAUUGGCGAUGAGAGCCCAGAGGUCUUCUCUUUUCUGGAAACAAAGGAGAAAGCGGAAAGCAUGAAGUCAUCGAGUCCUUGGUUGGCAGAGUUCCUGAAGCAGCAGAAAAAAGAAGAAAAGAAAAAAACACCACCACUCAACCAGCCCUUUCACCAAAGGGUUGCAGCCUGGACACCUGCGACCCGCUUCAACCGAGUCCCUGAACGUGCCACCAUGGAUGUGGCGGCAUUUCGACCUGGGCCCUCUCGUCACGUCUUCGGAUCAACGCGAGGCCCCCAAAAACCGCAGCGAAGAGAGGAAGAGAAGCGACGAUUCUCACCGGAUCGAGGACGUCCGGGUGGAUGUUACCUCUGUGGAGCAGAGUCUCACUGGGCGAGAGAAAGCCCCAAAAGAAGGAGAGAGUAAAGGUAAGUUUAAAGCGGGAGGCAUUCACAAGAGCAGACACGCCUGGAGAGGUUUAGGAGCUUCAGCCUGGGUUCUCGACACCUUAGAAAAUGGUUUGAAAAUAGACCUAGUCUCGACUCCUAAGCCUCUCGAGGCAUUGUCAAACAGAUCGAGCGUACAGAGAAAUCAUGAUUUCGUUUCAGAGGAGGUGGUCAGGCUCGUCGAGACAGGAGCAGCGGAGGAAGUGCAGCUAGAACGUAACAACAACAGGACAAACCCGCUGCACGUGGCUACAGGAGGUAAAAAGCCUCGGCUUAUCCUAGAUUUAUCAAACUUUAACGACCACGUUAAGAAAGAACAUUGUCGUUUCGAAGACUGGGGUACAGUUAAAUGGCUUAUCCCUGAAGGGGCCUUUGUAGUAGUCUGCGAUUUGAGGGCAGGAUAUCACCAUGUUUUAAUCAGAGAGCAAGACAGAAAAUGGUUGGGUUUCACCUGGGAAGAAAAGUUCUACCGUUUCCGAGCGCUUCCUUUCGGGCUUAGUUGUGCCCCCUUCGUGUUCACGAAGUUGUUAAGACCGUGGGUACACAAAUGGAGGCUCCAAGGUUGGGGAGUGUGCUUCUAUUUAGACGACGCCAUUAUAUGGGCCGAAUCAGAGAAAAAAUGCAGUGAAAUCGCAAAUUCGAUUAGAAAAGAUUUAGAAUCGGGAGGAUGGCAUUUCGCAGACGAAAAGUGUGAUUGGCAACCAACUCAGAAAAAGACUUGGUUAGGCAUAGAGGUAGAUACAGUAGAAAAAACCUUAUCACUAUCAGAAAACAGGAGAAAAUCUGCCUAGAUAGCCUCCUGAGGCAGCAAAAACCCUCCUUGCAUGACAGAUUGCGAUUUACAGGUACUCUGGCUUCGGCGAGCCACGUGGUCAAUGAGGCCUUGAGGAAGACCAACAAGGAAUUGGUGACGGUGACGGCAGAGGCGCAAGGGACCCGAAAAAACCUCGAGGAGCGUUGGCCAAUGUCGCAAGCUGAAAGAUCAGAGGCGGAGGCUUGGAAAAGUGAGUUGUUGAAGAAUAACUGGAUAUCGAGCUUUAAGCAGCCGCCUGGAAAACAGUUUGAACCUAAAUUCUAUCUUUGGGUAGACGCUUCCAAAAGCAAGGUAGGAGCGGCGCUCGAAAUUAAGAUGGGAAGUGAAAUUCUCGAGUUUUCCCAAGAAAUCCCAGAACCACUUAGGGGAAGAUCUAGUACUUUUAGAGAGCUUUUUGCGAUAUCGGCUGGGCUAUCAGCGUUCCAAGAUUUUCUCGUAAACGAAGUAGAGAUUAAAUGCGAUAAUCAGGCAGCAGUUACCAUUGUUAAAAAAAGGAAGUCUAAAAAAAGAGACUUGCAAAAAUUUAGCGAAAAGAAAUUUGGAGGAAGGAGUCUGAGAAUAGAUUGAUUUUGAAUGUCGUUUGGGUUCCGAGAAGGGAAAACCAGCUGGCAGAUGCGCUGAGUCGCAUUAAAGACCCAGACGAUUGGGGGAUCCUUCCGAAAAUAGCCGAAACGGCAAUGAAUUAUCUACAAAAAUGCUCAUGGGAUCUGUUCGCGAACGAGAAAAACGCAAUUUGUUCCAGGUUCUGCGCCAGAUCCGAAUGUCCGGGAGCAGCGGCCGUGGACGCCUUCAGUUGCCCGGAGCUUUGGUACAGAAAUGACCUUUGGUUAG